AAAUUUGUGACGUCACAAGAACACUCCCCCCGGAAAAAAGCAAGGGAAACUACAAGCUUCCUUUAUCGACUCCGAAGCGUUUCCUUUUGCAAAGAUUUUUCAAAAUCGACGCAAGGAAAGCGUCCAAAAACAUCGCAAAGAUUACACAUUUAUUGUAGAAAGACCACAACAUGCCAAACUUCGUUCGUUCUUCGAAAUUUCGCCAUGUUUUCGGUACAGGGUCGAAGAGAGAUCAUUCAUACGAUGGCAUGAAAGUCAGCAAGAACUCAUGGGACGCACCGUAUUGUGCUGCAAAUCCUAAAUUCAUUGCGAUUGUUUUGGAAUCCGCCGGUGGUGGAAGCUUUCUUGUAUUGCCCUUGGAAAAGGUAGGUAAAUUUCUCAAUCAGAUCUGUUUAAGUUGUAUUAGUUUCGUCUAGACGCGUUCGUUGCUCGCUGCUAACGCAAUUAUGUAUGGGCGUUCACUCUUAUUUCUGUUCCUCGUUUUGUGUUGUUUUGAUAAAGUGUACAAUAACUUUCUAUGCCAGUUCAUACAAACUGUUUCUCUUAAUAUAAUUGGCUCUAGUUGCUCUGUUUAUUUGAGGUAUUGAUUGCAACGUAGCACGGUUUAGUGUUAAGACUUGCACGUUAAAAAAAUUUAUCUAAUCUAGUAAAUAUUCAUUAGUUUAAUACCGAUACUAGUUGUAUUUCGAAAUAAGAAUCUAGUAUAUAAAUGGCAAAUGCUUGGAACUAUAAACAAUGUUAAAGUUUUUGCAUUUUUUGAGCUGGGGUGCUAUGAGCGAUGAUUAGUAUUGUAUAUAUACUGUCAAGAUUAAAAUAAUUGGUGUCAUUGAAUAAGCCCAAAAUUAUAAUAAAUGGCUUACGGUUGAGCAAUAUAUGUGAAGCAUAUAUUAUAGUUUGCUUGAAUUUAUUGCCUUUUAUGGUAUCUGUCGAGUGAUUUGACAAACACAUCAUGUCUGUCAAAUAGUGUGCUUACAGAAAAUCUUUUCUAUGAACCUUUGGAGUAAAAUGUAGAGGAAUUUUUUUACUGCAAACGUUGUAAUUAAUGCCUGCUAAAAUUUGAAUACAGGCAGUUUAAGCCUGUUGGUGGCACACUGCUAGACUGCAGAGCUACAAUUAGUGAAAUUCAUGUUAGAGAUGGGAAACUCAUCUUGGUUGGGAAACUUGUCUUGGACAGGAAACUCUGUAUAAAUUAUAAAUGUGGGGCUGUCUGAAUAUAAUUUUGGGGCUGUCUGAAUAUAAUUUUGGUGCUGUCCACAGACGGAUUUUCUGGGGGUGCAGGGGGGGGGGGUGGACCCCCCUGAAUUUUUGGCAACCCCAGAACGGUUUUCCACCCUACCUAGAGAAAUUAGCACCCCUCCAGAAAUUUAAAUGCUCAUUAUUAGACUAAAAACAAGGAUUUUGAGCAAUGUCAGACCAAAAGUAUCGAUAUUUGCCAUUUAUUUUCUGGAGACUUCCAGACCCCUGCUGCAGCUUGCAUGGCAUGUUGUGUUUUAGGGUAAUUUGUUACAUCCAUACAGUACGUCCCCCAUGGAAUAAAUUGGAAGCUAACCCCUUCUGAUGUCCAAAUACACUUUAUUAUUAUCAGAAACAAAUCCCCCCCUCUCCCCUUGGGAGUGUUCCCAGAUGCCAGUGUUCCCAUGGGAGGGAGUGUGGAUCUUUUUUAGGGGUGCACCGAAACUCGGUUCUGGCUGGUUAGUCCCAGCCGGAAUCCCAAUUUUUCAGAGUUCCUGUUCCGGCUGGAACUAAUAAAAAAAGCAUGGCCGGAACCGGAACUCUGUCAUUUUCAGAGAGAUAGAAUAUCAAAUUUUGUAUCUAACAAAAGUUCACAGUAGGAAGAAAUUUGGACUACCGGUACGCAAGGGAAAUGUGCACUAUUAGCACUUCAUUAUGAUGUUUAACGUUUGUCAAUCUUUUUAUUCUAACAUUUGCGAACUCUCUCCUUGAUGACUUGAAGUGUCUGCCUGUCUGGCAGCAGACAAAGUAACAUAUGACCAUAUAUGGCUUAAUAAAUCGGUUCCGGCCGGAACUUUUUUCCAAUUCUGGUUGGAUCCGGUUCUGGCCGGAACUUGAAAAAUUGGUUCUGGUGCACCCCUAAUCUUUUCUUCAAGAAUGAUCCAUUUGAAGCCUCCCUUGCUGCCGACCAGUAAAGCCAUCCCUGGGUAAACAGCAUUUUCAAUCCAGAAAAGGGUCACUUUUCCCAUUUUGAUAAAAGUGGGAGGCACCCCAAUGCCUUCCACGUUAUGCAUCUCGUUGCAGUAGAGUAAGAAUUGUGUUUUUUUAGUUCGGGAGAGUUGAUCUUAAUGCCCCUAAGGUUGCUGGGCAUAAAAUGGAGGUGCUUGACAUAGCCUGGAAUCCUUUCGAUGAUAAUAUCAUUGCUUCAUCAUCUGAAGAUACGACUGUGAAAGUCUGGCAAAUUCCUGACGAUGGAUUGGUCGAAAAUCUGACAAAGCCAUUGUUGACCCUGGAAGGUGUCCACCAACGUAGGGUUGGUCUGCUUGCUUGGAAUCCUGUUGCUGCAAAUAUUCUACUCAGUGCAAGUCAUGAUCAUAUUAUAGCAAUAUGGAAUUUGGAAAGCCAACAACCGGUUCAAACGAUCACUUGUCAUUCCGAUUUAAUUUACAGCAUAUCGUGGAAUCAUAAUGGCAGCUUAAUUGCAACAACUUGCAAAGACAAGCAACUGCGGAUCAUAGAUGCCCGUAGUGGUGAAGUGAAGCAGGUGACUUGGUAGUUCAUGCGUUUUAGCAUGGCCCUCGACUAGGCAACUUGUUUCAGCUUUUUCAACCAUGAAAGCUUAAUAUAUAUUCAGAUGAGCAAUUCAGCACUGACUACUGUAAAUUGAGUAAAAAAAUCUAGAACUGAUAUUUGCAGUUACUGCUGGAAAUUGUCCAGGAAAUUUUUAUUGUGGUGAGGCAGCACUUUCCUUGCGAUAGUAACUUCUAGUUAGCAAAAUAUCUUUGAAGGACAUUUUCUUACACCUUGCAGGAAAUUUUUGUCUUAUAUACUGGAAUACCAUAUAAUUUACGUAUCGCUUAAAAAUUUCAAAAGUGUUUCAAAAGUGGGUUUUUUUUUUCAAAAGUUUAUCAUUCACACACUGUGGCACCGGUGGUAUGUUCUCUGUAUGACGUUUUAUAUUAGACUUGCACAAGAAAUUUUUAUUUUUGGAUUUUGCUGCCAGGGAGAGAAGUACAGUAUAUUGUCUAUGCCUGUUUGCACUGCUGUGGGAACAUGUUGGCAAGCCUAAUGUUUUUAUGCUCAACAUUUUGCUAACACUGUUGUCAAAAUAAAUUUAAGAAAGCCUGUUUUUCUUGUCUAAACAGGAAGGGAAAUGUCAUGAAGGUGCUAAACCACAGCGAGUUGUGUUCUGUAGCAACUUGGGAUUCCUCUUUACAACUGGAUUUACAAGAAUGAGCAAGCGUGUCUGGGCAGUUUGGGACCAGGUAUGUUUCAUUUAAGAUUAACAUAAGAGUUUCAUCAACUCCCAUGCCCUGUUUUUAAAAGUUGCAUGAGUGUUGACUGGCAUGUGUUCUAUUGUUUGUUUAUUAUGUUGUUUUAGAACAAUUUAGAGAAGCCUCUUCAUCUCGAUGAACUUGACUCAAGUAAUGGUGUAAACUUUCCUUAUUACGACCAAGACACAAAAAUGAUCUACCUUGUUGGAAAGG